AUGCAAUUUUCAACGUUAUUUAAAGGUCUAGCGUUGACCACUUUAAUCUCAAGCGCAGCUGCUGCUUUUGAUGCCAACUCCAACAAAAACGUCGUGGUUUAUUGGGGUCAAGCUUCUGCUGGUUCCCAAGAAGAUUUAUCAUAUUAUUGUGACUCAGAUGAUGUUGAUAUUGUUGUCUUGUCAUUUAUGACAUCCUUCCCAGGAACUAAUGAUGUUCCAACUUUGAAUUUCGCCUCUGCAUGCUAUGAUCAAUAUUCUAAUGGUCUUUUGAAAUGUGACAAGAUUGCUUCUGAUAUUAAAAGUUGUCAAGCUAAAGGUAAAAAAGUUUUAUUAUCAUUAGGUGGUGAAUCUGGUUACUAUGGAUUCUCAGGUGAUUCUCAAGCUGAAGAUUUUGCUGGUACUUUAUGGAACUUAUUUGGUGAAGGUUCUUCAGACACAAGACCAUUUGGAGAAUCUGUUAUUGACGGGUUUGACUUUGAUAUUGAAAACCAACAACCAAGCGGGUAUGCUGCUUUAGCUAAUAAAUUGAGAGAGUACUUCAGCUCUGGUUCUAAAGACUAUUAUUUAUCAGCUGCUCCUCAAUGUGUUUACCCAGAUGCAAGUGUUGGUGAUUUACUUAAAAGUGCUGAUAUUGAUUUUGCAUUUGUUCAAUUCUACAACAAUUAUUGUAACGUUGAUAAACAAUUCAACUGGGACACUUGGGCAGACUAUGCUAAAAACACUUCUCCAAACAAGAACAUCAAAUUGUACUUAGGUUUACCAGGUUCCUCUUCUGCUGCUGGUAGUGGUUAUGUUGAUAUUUCAAAAAUUAAAUCAACUCUUUCAACAAUUGGAUCAGACCCCGCAUUUGGUGGUGUUAUGUUAUGGGAUGCUUCUCAAUCAUUCACCAAUAAAGUUGAUGGUACAACUUUUGCCGGUGCAAUCAAAAAUGCUUUACAAUCUUUAGGUGGUUCUUCCUCCAACGCUGAAAGCUCUACUGCCCAAUCUUCAUCAACUGUGCAAUCCUCAUCUGCUCAAGAAACCUCUUCAGAAGUUCCUUCAUCAUCCAUUGAAACCACAUCAACUAGCUCUUCAGCCCAGUCAUCAAUUGUUCAAUCUCCAUCAGUUCAACCAACAUCUUCAACACAAGCCUCCUCUUCAACCAUUGGCUCAUCUGCCAUUGAUUCAACAACAUCAACUUCAUCAGCACCAAUUUCCUCUCAACCAGUUGAAUCCACCACUUCUUCAUCAGCACCUAUCCCUUCAUCAUCAGAAGCGAUCGGUUCAUCAUCUUUGAAUGUUCCAGAAUUGAGCUCUGCAAUCCCACCAUCGCAACAACCAACUUCCUCUCAACAAUCAUCCUUAUCAUACCCAGAAAUAACUUCAAAUACAUUCACUACUCCAUCAGCAUCAGCUUCCAACGUUCCAAGUGAUUGCUCUUCAUUAAGUGGUAUUGCUAAGGCUCAAUGUUUAAACCAAAGUUAUAAAGCUGGUAAAUUCAAUGGUGAAACUAGUCAAUGUACAAACGGUGCCAUUGCUUGUUCUUCAAGCGGUGAAUAUGCUGUUUGUAAUUGGGGUUCAUGGGUCACUUAUGGUUGUGCUGCAGGUACUACAUGUUAUGCUUAUAACCAAGAUGAAAGCGUUUUCACUGGUUGUAAUUUCUCAGCUCAGGAAUCUUCAUUCAACAAGAGAUCAUUUGAUCAUUCUCACCAUGAUCAUGUAUGA